UCCCCCACCCGCGGCGGGGCCGCUCUCCCGUUGCCGCUCUCGCUUCUCUCUCUUUCUCUCUCCGCGCACCUCUCGCGAGGCUUCGGGGCCGCGCUGCCGCCAGCGCCUCGCGAGAUCUCGCUCUCAUCAGCGUGCCGCAGCUCCCGGCUCCCUCCCCCUCGCAGCGACCGGGCCGGGCCGAGGAUGGACUGGGAGUGAUUCCCGGCGGAGCACGAGGACCGGAACCCCCAAAAUGAAAGUGGAUCGGACGAAACUGAAGAAAACCCCCACGGAGGCGCCCGCCGACUGCCGGGCCCUCAUUGAGAAGCUGAAGGGCUGCAGUGAUGAACAGCUGGUGACAGAACUGCAGCAGAUCAAGACAUGGAACAUUGGGAAGUGCGAGCUGUACCACUGGGUGGACCUGCUGGACCGCUUCGACGCGCUGCUGGCCGAGGCGGGCCGGCCGGUGGAGGCCAUGAGCUGGAUGCUGGCCUGCGACCGGCCCGAGCGCCAGCCCCUCAAGGCCCUGCUGCUGGCCCUGCUCAACUUCACCGCCCUGCUCAUCGAGUACAGCUUCUCCCGCCACCUCUACAGCUCCAUCGAGCACCUGACCACGCUGCUGGCCUCCUCGGACAUGCACGUGGUGCUGGCCGUGCUCAACCUGCUCUACGUGUUCAGCAAACGCUCCAACUACAUCACCCGCCUGGGCUCCGAGCGCCGCGGGCCCCUGCUGGCCCGCCUGCAGCACCUGGCCGAGAGCUGGGGUGGAAAGGAGAAUGGAUUCGGGCUGGCUGAGUGCUGCAGGGACCUGCACAUGAUGAAAUACCCCCCCAGUGCCACCACCCUGCACUUCGAGUUCUACGCCGAGCCGGGCGUCGAGGUGAAGGUGGACAAGAGGGCCACCAGCACCACCCUGCACUACAUCCACAUCGAGCAGCUGGACAAGAUCUCAGAGAGCCCCUCGGAGAUCAUGGAGUCCCUGACCAAGAUGUACAGCAUCCCCAAGGACAAGCAGAUGCUGCUGUUCACCCACAUCCGCCUGGCCCACGGCUUCUCCAACCACAAGAAGCGGCUGCAGGCGGUGCAGGCGCGGCUCCACGCCAUCUCCAUCCUGGUGUACUCCAACGCGCUGCAGGAGUCGGCCAACAGCAUCCUGUACAACGGGCUGAUCGAGGAGCUGGUGGAUGUGCUGCAGAUCACCGACAAGCAGCUGAUGGACAUCAAGGCGGCCUCCCUGCGGACGCUGACGUCCAUCGUGCACCUGGAGCGGACGCCCAAGCUCAGCAGCAUCAUCGACUGCACGGGCACCGCCUCCUACCACGGCUUCCUGCCCGUGCUGGUGCGCAACUGCAUCCAGGCCAUGAUCGACCCAUCCAUGGAGCCCUACCCCCACCAGUUUGCCACGGCGCUCUUCUCCUUCCUCUACCACCUGGCCAGCUACGACGCGGGCGGCGAGGCGCUGGUGUCGUGCGGCAUGAUGGAGGCGCUGCUCAAGGUGAUCAAGUUCCUGGGGGACGAGCAGGACCAGAUCACGUUCGUCACGCGGGCGGUGCGGGUGGUGGAUCUCAUCACCAACCUGGACAUGGCUGCCUUCCAGUCACACAGCGGGCUGUCCAUCUUCAUCUACCGCCUCGAGCACGAGGUGGACCUGUGCCGCCGCGAGUGUCCCUUUGUCAUCAAGCCCAAAGUGCAGCGCCCGCCCGCUGCCACCCUGCCCGAGGGCGAGGACAUGGAGACGGACAUGGAGGUGACCGACGUGGCCAUGGAGAGCAGCCCAGGCCCCUCAGCCGAAGCCCGGCAGGACCCAGUGCCACCAACCCCACCAGCUGUGCCCACCACCAGCGCUGCCACCCCCUCCCCACGCGGUGGAGUGCAGUGCAUCCCCCAGCGCGCCGCUUUGCUCAAAUCCAUGCUGAACUUCCUGAAAAAAGCCAUCCAAGACCCCGCUUUCUCCGACGGCAUCCGGCACGUGAUGGACGGCUCGCUGCCCACCUCGCUGAAGCACAUCAUCAGCAACGCCGAGUACUACGGCCCCUCGCUGUUCCUGCUGGCGACCGAGGUGGUGACGGUCUUCGUGUUCCAGGAGCCCUCGCUGCUGUCCUCGCUGCAGGACAACGGCCUCACCGACGUCAUGCUGCACGCCCUGCUCAUCAAGGACGUGCCAGCCACGCGGGAGGUGCUGGGCUCUCUGCCCAACGUGUUCAGCGCGCUGUGCCUGAACGCGCGGGGGCUGCAGAGCUUCGUGCAGUGCCAGCCCUUCGAGCGCCUCUUCAAGGUGCUGCUGUCCCCCGACUACCUGCCCGCCAUGCGCCGCCGCCGCAGCUCCGACCCCCUGGGUGACACAGCCUCCAACCUGGGCAGCGCCGUGGAUGAGCUGAUGCGGCACCAGCCCACGCUCAAGACCGACGCCACCACCGCCAUCAUCAAGCUGCUGGAGGAGAUCUGCAGCCUGGGCCGGGACCCCAAGUACAUCUGCCAGAAGCCGUCGAUGCAGAAGGCGGACGGGACGGCGGCCGCGCCGCCCCCGCGCUCGCCCCACGCUGCCGAGGAGGCCUCGAGCGAGGAUGAGGAGGAGGAGGAAGUGCAGGCCAUGCAGAGCUUCGGGGCUGCCCAGCAGAGCGAGGCAGAGCCCAGCCAGACCGUGGUGGGCACCGAGGAACGCAUCCCCAUCCCGCUCAUGGACUACAUCCUCAACGUGAUGAAGUUUGUGGAGUCCAUCCUGAGCAACAACACCACGGACGAUCACUGCCAGGAGUUCGUGGCCCAGCGGGGGCUGCGGCCGCUCGUCACCAUCCUGGGGCUGCCCAACCUGCCUGUGGACUUCCCCACCUCUGCAGCCUGCCAGGCCGUGGCUGGGGUCUGCAAAUCCAUCCUGACCCUGUCCCACGAGCCCAAGGUGCUGCAGGAGGGGCUGGUGCAGCUCGAGGCCGUGCUCUCGGCCCUGGAGCCGCUGCACCGGCCCAUCGAGGCGCCGGGGGGGUCGGUGCUGCUGCGGGAGCUGGCGGGGGCGGGGGCAGUGCCCGAUGCCACCCUGUCAGCCCAGGCCACGCCCCUGCUGCACGCGCUGACCGCCGCCCACGCCUUCAUCAUGAUGUUUGUGCACACCUGCAGGGUGGGACAGAGCGAGAUCAGGGCCAUCUCCGUGAACCAAUGGGGGUCCCAGCUGGGGCUGAGCGUGCUGGGCAAGCUGAGCCAGCUCUACUGCUCGCUGGUGUGGGAGAGCACCGUGCUGCUGUCCCUGUGCACCCCCAACAGUCUCCCCCCAGGCUGUGAGUUUGGCCAGGCUGACAUGCAGAAACUCGUGCCCAAGGAGGAGAAAACGGCCCCCAGCCCUCCCCAGGGCGGCCGCAGGGCAGAAGGCGAGGCGGAGGGCCCGGGCCCUGCAGGGGGGGUGGGCAGCGACCCCCCCCCAGCGCAGGGGCUGCUGGAGGGGAUGGGGCUGGAGGGGGAGCCCCUGGCCCCCAUGGAGACGGACGAGCCGAGCGCCAGCGACCCCAAAGCCAAGGCCAAGAUCACCCCGGCCAUGGCCGCCCGCAUCAAACAGAUCAAACCCCUGCUCUCCGCCUCGUCGCGGCUGGGCCGGGCUCUGGCCGAGCUCUUUGGGCUGCUGGUCAAGCUCUGCGUGGGCUCCCCGGUGCGGCAGCGCCGCAGCCACCACGCGGCCGCCGCCGCCCCCGCGCCCACCGCGGCCGCCCGCGCCACGGCCUCGGCGCUGACCCGGCUGCUGACCAAGGGGCUGAGCUGGCAGCCGCCCCCCUACACCCCCACGCCACGGUUCCGGCUGACGUUCUUCAUCUGCUCGGUGGGGUUCACGUCGCCCAUGCUGUUCGACGAGCGCAAGUUCCCCUAUCACCUCAUGCUGCAGAAAUUCCUCUGCUCCGGCGGCCACAACGCCCUCUUCGAGACCUUUAACUGGGCGCUGUCCAUGGGGGGCAAGGUUCCGGUUGGGGAGGGUCUGGAGCACCCCGACCUGCCAGACGGCACCGGGGAGUUCCUGGACGCGUGGCUGAUGCUGGUGGAGAAGAUGGUGAACCCCAGCACGGUGCUGGAGUCCCCCCAUGCCCUGCCUGCCAAGGCCCCCCCGCAUGGACACCCCCCCUUCAGCGCCCUGCGCUUCCUCGUGGUCACCCAGAAGGCCGCGUUCGCCUGCAUCAAGCAGCUGUGGCAGCGGCGGCCGCUGAAGGUGUACGGGGGGCGCAUGGCCGAGUCCAUGCUGGCCAUCCUGUGCCACAUCCUGCGGGCGGAGCCGCUGCUGCGCGAGCGCCUGGGCCGCGAGCGAGAGGGGCCCGCGCCCGACGAGCCCGGCGGCGACGAGGGGGGAGCCCGCAGGGAGCCCCACGUCAACCAGCAGCAGCUGCAGCAGCUGAUGGACAUGGGUUUCUCCCGGGAGCACGCCAUGGAGGCGCUGCUCAACACCAACACCAUGGAGCAGGCCACGGAGUACCUGCUCACCCACCCACCGCCGCUGAUGGGGGGCUCUGCACGGGACCUGAGCAUGUCAGAGGAGGAUCAGAUGAUGAGAGCCAUCGCCAUGUCCCUGGGCCAGGACAUCCCCAUGGAGCAGCGCGCCGAGUCCCCAGAGGAGGCCGCGUGCCGCAAGGAGGAGGAGGAGCGGCGGGCGCGGGAGCGGCAGGAGGAGGAGGAGGCCAAGUGCCUGGAGAAGUUUGAGGGGGCCGAGCCGCUGGAGGCGGCCGAGCUCGGCGCCUUCACGGACUCGAUGCUGCCGGGCUGCUCUCAGCUGCUGGACGAGCUGCCCGACACCGUGUACCGCGUGUGCGACCUGCUGAUGACGGCCGUGCGCCGCAACGGCCCGGCCUACCGCGACAGCGUGCUCAAACAGGUGGUGCAGCAGGUGUGGGAGGCGGCCGAUGUCCUGAUCAAGGCGGCCGUGCCGCUGACCACCAGCGACACCAAGACGGUGUCGGAGUGGAUCAGCCAAAUGGCCACCCUGCCCCAGGCCUCCAACCUGGCCACGCGCAUCCUGCUGCUCACCCUGCUCUUCGAGGAGCUGAAGCUGCCCUGUGCCCGCGUGGUGGAGUCCAGCUGCGUGCUGGACGUGCUGAUCAAGCUGCUGGAGGUGGUGCAGCCCUGCCUGCAGGCUGCCAAGGAGCACAAGGAGGUGCAGACCCCCAAGUGGAUCACCCCUGUGCUGCUGCUGAUUGAUUUCUAUGAGAAGACGGCCGUGUCCUCCAAGCGCCGCGCGCAGAUGAACAAGUACCUGCAGGCCACUGGGAACAACUGGCGCUGGUUUGACGACCGCUCUGGCCGCUGGUGCAGCUACAGCGCCAGCAACAACAGCACCAUCGACGCGGCCUGGAGAGCCGGCGAGCCCAGCGUGCGCUUCACGGCCGGCAGGCGGCGCUACACCGUGCAGUUCACCACCAUGGUGCAGGUGAACGAGGAGACCGGGAACCGGCGCCCGGUGAUGCUGACGCUGCUGAGACCCCCCCGGGCCGGGAAGGGCCGCGAUGAGGGGGGUGCCGAGGACCCCGAGGGGAAGGGCAAGGAUGAGACCCCCGCUCCAGACCCCCCUUCUACAGACGAAGACCCCCCUUCCACCACCACCACCACCACCACCACCAGCACCACCACCACUCCCACCGCCCCCUGCCCAUCCCCUCCCUGCCCCACUCCCACCCCGGAGGAGCCGCGGGACGACCCCGGCGCCGACGCCGAGGCUCCGGUGCGAGGCCUGGCGGAGGAGGCAGUGCCGGCCGUGCUGCGGGCGUGCGUCAGCAUGCUGGGGGUGCCCGUGGACCCCGACACGCUGCACGCCACGCUGCGCCUGUGCCUGCGCCUGACGCGGCAGCACAAGCACGCGCUGCUGUUCGCCGAGCUGCGCUCCACGCGCACCAUCCUGGCGCUCACGCAGAGCUCCGGCUUCACCGGCUUCACGCCGCUCGUCACGCUGCUCUUCCGGCACAUCAUCGAGGAUCCCUGCACGCUGAGGCACACCAUGGAGAAGGUGGUUCGCUCAGCAGCCACGAGCGGGGCGGGCAGCACCACCUCGGGGGUGGUUUCUGGCAGCCUGGGCUCUCGGGAGGUGAAUUACAUCCUGCGGGUGCUGGGCCCCGCCGCCUGCCGCAGCCCCAACGUCUUCACCGAGGUGGCCACGGGCUGCAUCCGCAUCGCCCUGCCCGCGCCGCGCGGCUCCGGCACCGCCUCUGACGACGAGUUUGAGAACCUGCGGAUCAAGGGCCCCAACGCGGUGCAGCUGGUGAAGACCACGCCGGCCAAGGCGGCCGCGCUGCCGCCCAUCCCCGAGCCCAUCCGCGACGUCAUCUACGACAUGCUCAACGCCCUGGCUGCCUACCACGCUCCUGACGAGGGUGACAAGGGGGACCCCAAGAGCGCGGCGCCCAGCGAGGUGAGCCAGCUGCUGUCGGACAUUGGGGACGACAUGUACCAGCAGUACCGCAGCCUCACCCGGCCGCCCGCCGACUUCGACCCCUGCGCUUCGCCAUCCUCGGGGCUUCGCCUGGGGCACGCCCAGGUUUUUGCUGCUGACGGAGCCGCAGCCGAGACACCGCCCUCGGGAACCCCCCAGGGAGAAGCGUCCAGCCCCGAGGAGGGCCGCGAGGGCCGCAAGGAGAAGGAGGGGGAGCGCGGCGAGGAGCGGGCCCGGGCGCGGGGCUCCAAGCCCCUGAUGCCCACCUCGACCAUCCUGCGGCUGCUGGCGGAGCUGGUGCGCUCCUACGUGGGCAUCGCCGCGCUGAUCGCCAACUACAGCUACAGCGUGGGCCAGUCCGAGCUCAUCAAGGAGGACUGCAGCGUGCUGGCCUUUGUCCUGGACCACCUGCUGCCGCACCAGCAGAACGCCGAGGACAAGGACACGCCGGCGCUGGCGCGGCUCUUCCUGGCCAGCCUGGCCGCGGCCGGCAGCGGCACCGACGCCCAGGUGGCCCUGGUGAACGAGGUCAAGGCCGCCCUCGGGCGCGCCCUGGCCAUGGCCGAGAGCACCGAGAAACACGCCAGGCUCCAGGCCGUCAUGUGCAUCAUCAGCACCAUCAUGGAGUCGUGCCCGUCCACCUCGAGCUUCUACAGCAGCGCGGCCAAGCCGCCGCACAACGGCAUGAACAACAUCAUCCGCCUGUUCCUCAAGAAGGGGCUGGUCAACGACCUGGCCCGCGUGCCCCACAGCCUCGACCUGUCCAGCCCCAACAUGGCCAACACGGUGAACGCGGCGCUGAAGCCGCUGGAGACGCUGUCGCGCAUCGUGAACCAGCCCAGCGGGCUCUUCGGCGCCAAGGGCUCCUCCAGCAAGAGCAAGGCCGAGGGCAACGGGGGCGCCCGCGAGGCGGGGGCGGCGCCCCCCGAUGGAGGUGACCCCGGGGACCCCGAGCCCCCCGAGGAGGACGCGGAGGCCGCUCAGGCUGAGGCGGCCGACGGGGACAUGGACGGCGAGGCCGAGGGGGACACGGUGGUGCUGGCCGGGCAGCCCGAGGGGCUCAGCACACAGGAGAUGCAGGGCAGGACGCGGCAGGGGAUGACCACUGGGCUGUGUGACUGCUGGGCAGGGACCGCUGGGCAGACCACGGGCAUGACCGCUGGACAGCUGAGUGACCAUGGGCAUGAGCCCUGGCCAUCAGGGACGCUGAGACGAGGCCCCUCCAACAGAGGCCUCGACCCCGCUCAGGCCAACCGUGAGGAUUCCAUGAACAUCCUGGACCCCGAGGAUGAGGAGGAGCACACGCAGGAGGAAGACAGCAGCGGCAGCAACGAGGACGAGGACGACAGCCAGGACGAGGAGGAGGAGGAGGAAGAGGAGGAUGAGGACGAUCAGGACGAUGAGGAGGGUGAGGAAGGCGAGGAGGAGGAGGAUGAUGACGAUGGCUCGGAGAUGGAGCUGGAUGAGGAUUACCCCGACAUGAACGCUUCGCCCCUCGUGCGCUUCGAGCGCUUCGACCGCGACGACGACCUGAUCAUCGAGUUCGACAACAUGUUCUCCAGCCCCACCGACAUCCCUCCGUCCCCCGGCAACAUCCCGGCCAGCCACCCUCUGCUGGUGCGGCACGCGGAGCACGGGGGGCUGGGGCUGGGGGCCGGCCCGGGGGGCGCCCGCCUGGCGCAGGGGCUGGGCCGGAGCCAGCGCACGCUGCGGCAGCUGACGGCCAACGCCGGGCACACCAUCCACGUGCACUACCCGGGGGCGCGGCAGCCCAACCCGCCCCUCAUCCUGCAGCGGCUCCUGGGCCCCUCGGCGGCCGCCGACAUCCUGCAGCUGAGCAGCAGCCUCCCGCUGCAGAGCCGGGGCCGGGCGCGGCUGCUGGUGGGCAACGAGGACGUUCACAUCAUCGCCCGCUCCGACGACGAGCUGCUGGACGACUUCUUCCACGAGCAGGGCAGCGCGGGCAGCCAGGCAGGGACCCUGUCCAGCAUCCCCACGGCCCUGACGCGCUGGACCGAGGAGUGCAAGGUCCUGGACGCCGAGAGCAUGCACGACUGCGUGUCUGUGGUGAAGGUGCCCAUCCUGGCCCGCCUGGAGGCGCUGCGGGACGAGGAGCUGGACGAGCGGCGCGAGAAGCGCCGGCGCCAGGCGGCCGAGGACGAGGCCAAAGGCGCCGAGCGCGGCCCCGAGGACAAGGACGGCGCCGAGGCUCAGCAGGACGCAGCAUCCAAAGCCGGCCCCGCUUCGGCCGACGUCACCCCGCCAGAACACAGCGGGACCCCGGGAGAGACCCCCCCUCCCGGUCCCCACCGGACCCUGGUGAUGCUGGAACCGACGCCGACCCCCCCAGACCCCCCCCCGGGAGCCCCCCAAAUCCCCGCUCGCCCCCCCCAGCCCCCCGAACACGAAGAGGGGGGGCCCGGGCGACCCCCCCAAGACGCCGAGGCCACUCAGAUGGAGCUGUCGCCCGCCCCCACCAUCACGUCGCUGUCCCCGGAGCGCGCGGAGGACUCGGACGCGCUGACGGCCGUGAGCAGCCAACUGGAGGGAUCCCCCAUGGACACCUCCAGCCUGGCCUCCUGCACCUUGGAGGAGUCUGGGGGGGCUCCCCCUGCGCCCACAGCCCCCCAAAACCCCCCUGGAACCCCGCAAGGACCCCCUCCCGCACCCCCCGACACCGCUCAGCCUCCGGACGAUAGCUCCCCCCCAGCCUCAUCCUCGGAGAGUUCGUCCACCCGGGACUCGGCCGGGGCCAUUUCCGGGGCCGACUCGCGGGGGAUCCUGGAGGAGCCGCUGCCGUCCACCAGCAGCGAGGAGGAGGAUCCGCUGGCCGGGAUCAGCCUCCCCGAGGGCGUGGACCCCUCGUUCCUGGCGGCGCUGCCCGAUGACAUCAGGCGGGAGGUGCUGCAGAACCAGCUGGGGAUCCGCCCACCCGCGCGGGCCCCGCCCGCCGCCAGCCCCGCCCCGCCCGUGGUGGCCAAUCCCGGCCUGACCGAGGUCAGCCCCGAGUUCCUGGCGGCGCUGCCCCCGGCCAUCCAGGAGGAGGUGCUGGCGCAGCAGCGGGCCGAGCAGCAGCGGCGGGAGCUGGCUCAGGCCACGGGCUCGGACGCGCCCAUGGACCCGGUGACGUUCAUCCAGACGCUGCCGUCGGAGCUGCGGCGCUCGGUGCUGGAGGACAUGGAGGACUCGGUGCUGGCCGUGAUGCCGCCGGACAUCGCGGCCGAGGCGCAGGCGCUGCGGCGCGAGCAGGAGGCGCGGCAGCGGCAGCUCAUGCACGAGCGCCUCUUCGGCCACUCCAGCACCUCGGCGCUCUCGGCCAUCCUGCGCAGCCCCGGUGAGCAGGGGGGACCUGGCCUGCUGGCCCCCGAAUCCCUCUGUGUCACCCUGAAUCUCUCUGUACCCCUUUUUUUUCCCCCCCUUUCCCCAGAGACCCACCGGACGGUGCUGAACCAGAUCCUGCGCCAAUCCACCACCCACCUGGCCGACGGCCCCUUCGCCGUGCUGGUCGAUUACAUCCGCGUGCUGGACUUCGACGUCAAGCGCAAGUAUUUCAGGCAGGAGCUGGAGCGCCUGGACGAGGGGCUGCGCAAGGAGGACAUGGCCGUGCACGUGCGGCGCGAUCACGUCUUCGAGGACUCGUACCGGGAGCUGCACCGCAAAUCCCCCGAGGAGAUGAAGAACCGACUGUACAUCGUGUUCGAGGGCGAGGAGGGCCAGGACGCCGGGGGGCUGCUGCGCGAGUGGUACAUGAUCAUCUCGCGCGAGAUGUUCAACCCCAUGUACGCCCUGUUCCGCACGUCGCCCGGCGACCGCGUCACCUACACCAUCAACCCCUCGUCCCACUGCAACCCCAACCACCUGAGCUACUUCAAGUUCGUGGGCAGGAUCGUGGCCAAGGCCGUCUACGACAACCGGCUGCUGGAGUGCUACUUCACGCGCUCCUUCUACAAACACAUCCUGGGCAAGUCCGUGCGGUACACGGACAUGGAGAGCGAGGACUAUCACUUCUACCAGGGCCUCGUGUACCUGCUGGAGAACGACGUCUCCACGCUGGGCUACGACCUCACCUUCAGCACCGAGGUUCAGGAGUUCGGGGUGUGCGAGGUGCGGGACCUGAAGCCCAACGGGGCCAACGUGCUGGUGACGGAGGAGAACAAGAAGGAGUACGUGCACCUCGUGUGCCAGAUGCGCAUGACCGGAGCCAUCAGGAAGCAGCUGGCGGCGUUCCUGGAAGGUUUCUACGAGAUCAUCCCCAAGCGCCUCAUCUCCAUCUUCACGGAGCAGGAGCUGGAGCUGCUCAUCUCGGGGCUGCCCACCAUCGACAUCGACGACCUCAAGGCCAACACCGAGUACCACAAGUACCAGGGCAACUCCAUCCAGAUCCAGUGGUUCUGGCGUGCCCUGCGCUCCUUCGACCAGGCCGACCGCGCCAAGUUCCUGCAGUUCGUGACGGGCACGUCCAAGGUGCCCCUGCAGGGAUUCGCCGCCCUCGAGGGCAUGAACGGCAUCCAGAAAUUCCAGAUCCACCGCGACGACCGCUCCACCGACCGGCUGCCCUCGGCGCACACCUGCUUCAACCAGCUGGACCUGCCGGCCUACGAGAGCUACGAGAAGCUGCGGCACAUGCUGCUGCUGGCCAUCCAGGAGUGCUCCGAGGGCUUCGGCCUGGCCUAGGGGGGCCGCGCCGGCCUCCCCGCAGGGGCUCUAUAAAUAUAUAUAUAUUUUUUGGUUCCAUUGGCUUUUUUUGGUUUGUUUUGGUUUUUUUUUUCGGGGUUUAUUAUUUUUCUUUUUUUUUUUUUUUUUUUCUCCAGUCCCGGUUUGGGGGGGGGCGGUUUUUUGCUCUGUUGGAGGGUUGGGGGUUCCCUCCUUACCCCCCCCCCUUUCACCCCCUCCCCCCUGUGUGGGGGGUUGGGGGGGGGCGGGGAUGGUGAAAGGGGGAGCCCCCAGAAAUUAUAAAUAAGAAGUUCAGCCCCCUCCCCCCACCCCAAAACUGAGAGAAAAAAGUUAAAAAAAAAAAAAAAGGAAUAAAAAAGUGCACUCUUGGUAA